AUGCGGAUGACGAGCUUGUUGCAGUGCAUAUGCCCCAUCAUCGUUGCGACCGCCGCAGUCGGAGCCGCGCUUCUGUGGCCAGCUGUGCUGCGCCUAUGCAGACUCCCGCAAACGUUAGUUCCGUCGGACAGCAAAGAUCCGGAUGCUCUGCGUGUUGGCAUCUUGGGAGCAUCUUUCAUCGCAAGGGCGGCGGUUGUCAAUGCCGCCGACAAGAGGAAAGAUGUUCUGGUGUCCGCUGUUGCUGCAAGAGAUACGCAGCGAGCUGAGACCUAUGCUGCCAGGCACGGCAUUCCAGCCUUCCAUGGAGGAUCCACUGCUUACUCCGAGCUGCUUGCAAGAGAGGAUGUCGAUGUGGUGUACAUUGGGUUGCCGACCGGCCUGCACUUGGAGUGGUCCCUUGCUGCGUUGCGCGCUGGCAAGGAUGUCUUGUUGGAGAAGCCAGCUGUACUAAACGCACAAGAGGCCUCAGAGUUGGUUCAGGAAGCCAAGCGUACGGGUCGCAAAGUCUUCGAAGCUGCACACUACCGCUACCAUCCAGUAGCAAAGCGGGCAAAGCAGCUGAUGUCUUUGACCGUGGCAGAUGGCGGAAUCUCGCCCCUCCGGUUCGUUGAGGUAAGGUUCUCCAUGCUCGACCCGAAAGCAUGGCUCCAGAGUAUGAAGUUGUGGCCUGAUCAGCCUGAUCGGAUGCUGGAACGAGAACGAGUGAAGAACUUUGACCGUUGGUGGUACUGUGUUGACAUGCUUCUUUGGUCAACAGAUGCCCUGGAUGCCCGUGUGAUCUCUGCUACCGAGAAGCGGUUCUCCCUGACGGCUCUACUGGAGCUCCGGCUUUCAUCGACGGUGAUCAAUGCCUCCAUGUCGAUGGCUAGAGAUUCACUCCUGGAUCCCUUCACAUGGAGCCUAUCCGCCACUGGGCAGAGCUCAGACGAUCAGGCCUCCAGCAUCGCGCUCCACAACUUCGGCUUUCCUUUCCUUUGGCAUCGUCUGGACUUGACGCGUCCCGGAGUGGCUCACUAUGAACAGCUCUAUGGCGCUGGUGAAACCACGUUUGAGCAUCAGCUGGGCAACUUUCGGGAAGCCCUGCGCUCCGGCGACUACAAGGACACCAUGCUGCUGACCAUGAGAACUGUGGAUCGGAUUCUGGAGAUGGCUGGUCUUGGAGCUUUUCCUUCGAAGGCGGCUGCUCCCACUUAG